UGUUUGUUUAUUUAUUUGCCGUUAGUUUGUUAAUGUCGGUUGUUGUGCAAUAUUCACAGUCGUUUGAUUAAUUAUGGAAAACACAUUGUUUUAUUCCAUCUAAAUCAAUAACUGUAUCAAAGUUUCAAUAUUAAUUUUAGUUUAUUAUAGAUAGGCUAAUUUAAACGACCGCGAAGACAGCUAGCUUAAAUACACGUCAACAGUUCAUAACCAUAACCACAAAGUUGUUUGUCAAAAUGACGACGUUCAAAUGUAUUGAUAGUUUGGAAGAAAAUUCAGUUGAUGUUUAUUUAGAAGUUUCCUCUAUACUUUUGAGAUUGGUUGACAAUGUUUUACAUUACCCUUCUAAUCCCAAAUACAGGAAACUCAGGCUUGAAAAUAAAGUUGUGUCCACUGUAAUAUUACCUUCUAUUGGGGGUAUGGAAUGCUUAUUUGAAUUAGGAUUCCAAGAGGGCGAUGAUGCACUAUUGCUACCUCCUGAAAGCACGUCGGUUGAAAAGCUGACUCGGUUCAGAGAAGAAAUAUCAAACCGAAGAAACAAAUAUUUGAAAGAAAAACCUAAUGUAAAUGCCCCAGGCGGAAACCAGGGUGGAGAGCCAAAACAAACUUGUAAUGAACGUCAAUCAACACCACAACCAGAGGCCGCAGCUACGCCUUCUCUACAGACAGUAGUAAACUCGACAAACCAGUUCCUCAACCAGUUACAAAAAUACUCCUCCAUGGUUCUACAAUAUGAGCAGGAGGCCACAAAGAGAAAGGCAAUCUCGGUUAUACCCCUCAACGAGAUUAGUGAACGAGUGCAAAAGAGUAUGAGACACCACCAGCAAGUAGCUUUAAAAAACAGUGAACCUCUAGACGAGGCUAGCAUUCAAGAAGCGUUGUUCAUUAAUGAACUGAUGAAAUGGUUUAAAAAUGACUUUUUUGAAUGGAUGAACUCUCCAAAGUGUGACCUUUGCAAAUGUGAAAGUCGAUUUGUCGAAAUGAGUUCUGAUCCUAAGGAACUGGUGCAUUCAGACCGUGUUGAGGUGUACAAAUGUGGCGGUUGCAGCGCUAGAAUAUUGUUUCCUCGUAUCAAUGAUGUGACCAAACUGUUUGACACUCGCAGAGGCCGAUGUGGAGAGUGGGCCAACGCCUUUACUGCGCUGUGCCGAGCCCUCGGCUAUGAGGCGAGAUUCGUCCUCGACGCAACGGACCACGUCUGGACUGAGGUUUACUUCAAAUCACUGCAGCGCUGGGUGCAUUGCGAUGCCUGUGAAUGUGCCUUGGACAAGCCACUACUCUAUGAGAAGGGGUGGGGCAAGAAACUGACAUACGUGAUCGGUUUCUCGUGUGACGGUGCACAAGACGUUACCUGGCGCUACUCGGCGCAUCAUGAUGCUGUUAGAGCACGGCGCAAUCUGUGCUCCGAGGAACAAUUAGUGCAAACCCUCGUAAAGCUUAACCAGAUCAGGCAAGCCAACCUUAGCGCUGCCAGAAGGAAGAUACUGGCUCGUAGAACUGUCGUUGAACUGGUGGAUUUGAUGGUACCAGCCAAAGAAACAGAGGGAGAUAGUCAGGGCCGAUUGUCAGGAUCACUUGCUUGGAGGUUAGCCCGACAUGAAACAACUCUCCAACAGGCUGAGAGAACUUCUUACGUGUGGACACCAACAAAACUUGAGGUUGAGGGGAAAAAGAUGGUGAUAAGUUACUGUGCUGGCAAAGAUCAAUACUUGAGAGUUGGUGGCGAAACUGUAAAAGGUUGGAACUCUUGUGUGUUCUCUGCUGAAAAUGUGUUCCGGAAAGAGGAAAAGGACUGGAAAACUGUUUACCUGUGUCGAACUGAAGGAAGUAAUGAAGGUAAAGUUUCAUGGCAAGUGGAUGUAUCAAACAGCGGGCUGAAGGUUCAUCAGGUUGAAGUGACAUGUUUGUCUACGACGUAUCAUAACGGCUGUGUAGCCUUGACAUUGUGCUCUGGAGACAUCUGUAUUCCAGUCAUCAACGGAGACUUAAAGACUUCGCAGUUUAGAGGUUCGUCUGUCAUCACCCUGUCAGCUGUUUUGACUGGAGGGGAGGGUGAAGUGGCAUGGCAACAUGCUCAGUUGUUCCGUCAACCUUCGGACAGCUCCGAGGUGGUGUUACAGAUCAGCGUAACAUUGACCUAAUGCAUAUUGGUGCCAUUUUUACCACUGUGGAUUUAUAUUGUUUACAAACCACUUUAGUAUUUUUGGUAGAUUCACUCAUCAAGCUCGGUGAUACAUGAAGACUCAGUGAUGUAGCGACUGUAGAGUCCAUCCAGGGUUGGAAGGUUUUAGAGGCAAAACUUCUUUAAGAAAAUAUAUUUUAUAUUUUGGAAAAAAAAUUUAAUACAUAUGAAUACGAAAUUAAAGCAAGAUUUUAUCUAAUCAGGUAUAUAUGUUAACAACAAAUCUAUUAUUAUAAACUAUUAAAAAGCUGUCUUCAAUUAUCUGAUAAAAAGAUUGGAUAUUUGCCAGGAAUUAUAUUUAUAGAUUAAUUGUAAUUUAUCCUCAUGGUGCUCGCUGCCACAAAGUGAUUUAGUUGCGCACUUGUCUCCUCCCCGUUCAUUGCCUGCUAUUGGCAAGUUUGAUUUGAUUGCAGCAUUUAAGUUUGAUUUGAUUGCAGCAUUUUAUCUUCUGCUGGGGAAAACUCUAGCACAAGUAUAGCAUGAGUAAAAACUCAUUCAAGUGGCUAUACAUUAAAAUUGCAAUCUAAUACAAUGCAAACUGUUUAUUCUUAUCAAACUAUGAAUCAGGACAGAAAAAAAUUGUUUAACCUUUUGGACAACACCCGUGUAACAGUUUCUAAAUUAAAAACUACUGCUCAAAUAAAAUUUUGAACAAGGUUGUAAAAAAUAUUAUUAAGGUUUUAUUUUUGCAAUUUGUUAGUCUAUAUAUCUAUAAUAGUAAGUAACAGAUGCUAUGCAAGGCCCCACUAGAAAAACAGGCCAUACUGGCCACGGGCAGCGCAACACUACGUCACAGUGGUUGAUAGUUGUACUAAAAUUUUACCAUUAAAAUCUUACAAACAGCCAGCUUGUUUAUUUACUUAAAACAUAUGGGAAUGGCGAUGGCAAUGAAUUUAUCAAUGAAAACUAUCCACUAGUGUGACUGACGUCAUGGAUCCUGCAGCAUGGCCUGUUUUUUCUAGUGGGGCCUUGUUAUAUGUUAUGUUAUGUUGGGGUGUUGUUGUUGUUGUUAUAUGUAAUUAAUAGUAAAACCAGAAGGAAACCAUUUAUUAUAGGGAUAACCAUUUUGGGAUCUAAUUUAUUGUAAUUAUUGUACGAAUUAUGCAGAGCUUGUGCAGUAUGGCUUCACUGGAACUAUUUACAUAAUGUUCGAUUUUCAGUAACAGGCGUACUGGUUUACAA